CUCUAGCGAUAACACUUUACUCUUCAUUGUUUGAGUCCUUUUGUCUACACAUCGAAAUAAAGGUCCUUUUUAUCUGUAUGGGAAAAAAUAGAAAAGAAAACUUAUACUGAGCACAAAGAAAACCUAAAACAAUCGUGGAGUUAAUACAAAUUCUGUUGGAAAACAAGAUUUUUAGCCACCUUAUCAUGGAAAGCUGUUCGAGGAUUACAUAUUAAUCCCUUUAAUAUGUUAAGAAGCAGUCAUUUGGGAAAGCAGUGACUCACAAAGCACAAAACGUGAACAAGUAAACUAGGGGUGGAUGCUGUAUUGGUCUUGAAGCAGGAAAGUUAUUCAAAUAUCUAACCAUCUUGCUAAGGAGGGAAAAGGUGUGGGAAUACAAACAUUUUAAGUAGCCCACUGGAGCAGCAGAUUAUAUCAUUUAUUCUCGUCCUAGUAUCACAAAUAUGCCUAGCAGUCUGCUUUUUGCCAACAGCAGUGAGGGAAGGGUGUACACAUUGUCCACCAGCUCGGCAGCAUGGAGGGAAUUUCCCUACAAUGGCAUGGAGUUUAAGAAAAUUUCCGCUAUAACCAACUUUAUGUGGGCCAUAGGUGGAGAUCGACAAGUAUAUGUGCAUGUCCAUGGCCUGGAUGUUCCAAUACGUGUAAAGGAAGAGUCCUAUGAGAACGAACGCUGGUUGCCCAUAGAGGGGUUCUCGAAGACACUUUUGCCAACGGAUCGCUACAAGUACUCCUCGGCCGAUGGCCAGCAGGAUAGAUCGAUUGAGAAGAUACGCCUACCUUCAAUGGCCUGGCAGUGGGACGGUGAUUGGCAUUUAGAAUUAGAUUUGGAUGGCAGCAGUCUUGGGGAAGAUGGCUGGAUGUAUGCAUUGGAUUUUCCCGCCACGUAUUCGGCCAAAAAAUCAUGGAACUCAUAUGUUAGGCGCCGUAAAUGGGUGCGAUUUCGACGUUAUAGUGCUUUGAAUUGCUGGUGUGCUGUGGCUCCACUGCACAAGGAUCCCACACAGGAACCUUUUACAGAUGUGGCCAUUGGUGGUACAAACAUACCCAAUGCAGCUACGGGUACUUUGGUGGUAUGGGCUAUAACGGCUCAUGGCAGGGCCAUGUUUCGCAGUGGAGUUUCUGCCUCUGCCCCGGAGGGACUUCGCUGGACCACUAUUCCCACGCCACCCACAUGUGAAUUAUUGCAGCUAAGCGUUGGUGCCACAGGUCUGGUUUGGGCAGUUCUUUUCAAUGGCCAUGCUAUUGUACGUUCCGGUGUCACCCGGGAUAAUCUUGCUGGUGAUUCUUGGUUGGAUGUUAAAGCUCCCUCGCAUGCCAAUGGCAAAGAACCCUCCAGUGGUUUAAAAAUUAUCCAAGUGUCUGUCGGCACCAAUGCGGUGUGGUGUGUGUGUAACGAUUGCAGCGUAUGGUUUAGACGUGGUGUUAAAGGGGAUAUGGCUGGCGUUUGUGAGGAUGCUGCCAUUGGCAGUGGUUGGGUGGAAAUGGUGGGGAAUAUAUCAAUGGUUUCCGUGGCAACUAAUGACCAGGUUUUUGCUAUCGGAGCUGCCGAUCGUGCCCUCUACUAUCGCUUUGGUGUCACAAAUUCAGAUCCAACUGGCAAAAAGUGGCGCCUUAUACAAUUACCCAUGCAAAUUAGUCGCACUUCCAGUUCCAUGUCUAUAACAUCGCGCAAAAGUGGCAGCUCUUCAACGCCUGGCUCUAAACAGCAAAGUUUUUCCAAUCUCUACAACAAGGAAAAGGAGAAGGGUGUUGUGGAAACCUGUGCUCCCAUAGAAAAUGUUGUUGCCUCAAGUGGAUCCAAUAACGGUGGACCGAAGAGGCUGAAAGGUGAUCUUUAUCGCCAUUAUUCCGAGUCGCCCCCUAAUAUAGGCAGCUUAAACUUGAACGAGCGUCAUAAGAAGCGCACUUCCGCCUUAAGAGAACUUACGCAUGCCUCAAGUGCCCCUGGUACCACGGAGGUUGCCGAAGUUAGCGGCAAAGCCUAUGAGACACAUUUGAAAAAUCCCCGAGCUUGGUCUCCCGUGCGCAGCGUGGGUUCAAUGGUGGGAACAGAAGCACAUCCUGAGAGUGAUUCUACAGUUUUUGAUGCCGAUUCAACUCAUCAUGGCUCCGAUGCUUUUCUGGAUGACGAUGAUCAUGCGGGUUCUCAAUUUUGGACUGAGUGUGAAGUGAUGUGGUCUUAUGUAGCUGCUGGUGCUGUUAGCAUAAAUCCCAGCAAUUUGCCCAAUUGGUUCAACGAACAAACAUCAUCCCCAGAUUGCCAUAUUAAUGUAGACUCUGCGUGGCGUAAAGAGAUAUUGGAGAGAUUAAAGAAACGCCAGGAGAAAUUAAACAGCCUGUUAACUCAAGCAAACUAUGAAAAGGCAGUUGAGCUUUCAUCUUGGAUAAAAUCGGCCGAGGCGCGCUAUCAACGUCCAGGUAGCCAAGAAUUUGAAGACUGUCUCAUAGAGCUGGAAUGGGUGAGCGGUAGCUCGGCAACUACUCCGACAUCGCAAAACCCCUCAACACAGAAGGAUUCCGACUCGGGCACCUUUACCGUGUUGAAUCCCGAUGGUGUCAGCAUCAAAAUACAAUUCUCCUUAUCGGCCAUAACAUGUGUAAUGUGCUGCAGUGAGCCUGCUUCGCCACGUCUUGCCAUACAUGUAACAAGUCUUGUGACCUCAAAUAGUUCACCGGUUCGUUUGCUGUUUUCCAGCGACACAGAAAUGGAAGAUUGGCUAUCCCAUUUGACUUCUGUUUGCUGUCAAAUUAACGAAGUUACUGCUAAGCCGGCAAACAAUUCCAUAUGGACAACAACCGAACUGGGUGAUGUUUAUGUUUUUGAUCCUGCCAAUAUGAAGGCUCAACAAUGGGAUAGUACCACAAAUUGUUACAAACAGGAAAUGGAUGUUAGCACUUUGGAGACCCCUUACUAUAACACUCUAUAUAAUGGCAUGCCUUGCGGCACAGAGCUUGUGAUUUCCGGUUGUGUUUAUGAUGAUGCUGAUCAAAUACGUUUCGAUCUACAGUGUCAUUCUUCCCUUAAAGUUGGCGUCAAGGUGGAAAAACACAGAGUUAUUGCAAUGCACAUAAAUCCAAGAUUCAAUGAGAACACCAUAGUUCUGAACACCAUGGAAAAUUCCGAGUGGCAGAACGAGACGCGUUAUGACAAAAUGGUAUUUGCACCUGGAACUACAUUCACGCUCAAAAUCAAAGCAUUGGAAAAUCACUAUGCAGUUAUGGUUAAUAAUUCAUACUUUGUGGACUACAAAUAUCGCGUCGAUCCCGAUUCUGUGACAUGUCUUUAUGUCAGCGGUCGCGUGAAACUAUUCAACGUCAUUUAUCGCUGCCCCACUGUUAUCUUGAAUCCGCAGCAAUUGUUUUGGCGGCAAAUCGGAGGUCAUAUUAAAAAAGUAUUUAGUUGUUCGGCAGGUGUGGUGUGGGGCAUGACCUGCGAUAACACUGCCUGGACCUACAAUGGUGGAUGGGGUGGUAACUUUUUGAAGGGCCUUGAGGGCAGUGUGGGCAAAAUAAAUCCCAUGGUGGAUACACACAAUUAUUAUGUCUAUGAAAAUCAACGUUGGAAUCCCAUUAGUGGCUUCACCACCAAAAGCCUGCCCACCGAUCGAUUUAUGUGGAGCGAUAUCACAGGACGACAAAAGCGCAGCAAGGAGCAUACCAAACUCUUGUCAUCUCACUAUGAAUGGAUAUCCGAUUGGGCCAUUGAUUAUAAUAUGCCCGGUGGUUGUGAUAAAGAAGGAUGGCAGUAUGCUAUAGAUUUCCCUGCCACUUAUCAUGCUCAAAAGAAAUUAACCGAUUGUGUAAGACGACGACGUUGGCUAAAAAAAUGUCGCCUGGUCACAAGUGGACCCUGGCAGGAGCUGAGCCAUUCCAAAAUACUCGAUGCUGCUUUGCAAGUACUGCAGGAGCAGGGAGGGCCACAUGAAGAGGGAAAUGCCGAUGAGAUACCAAUUAAUGCCUGGGCCAUAGCAUCUAAUGGCGAUGUACUCUACAGGCAUGGAGUAUCUUCGUUAAAUCCCAAGGGCGACAAUUGGGAACAUAUUGCCAGUGAGCAUCCACUCAUAGCCAUAAGCAUAUCACCCACAGGCCAUGUAUGGGUGUUGGGCAAAAACGGAACAGUAUUUUAUCGUUAUGGCAUAACACAAUUCAAUCCUUUAGGUGAGGCCUGGCAACCAGUGGAAGCUCCAGUGGGUACAAAAUUCAAAGCCAUUGCCGUGGGAAAGGCCGGUGUAUGGGCUUUGGAUAGCACAAAUCGUUUGGCCGUUCGCAAAGAAAUGACAAAAACCUUUCCCGAAGGUUCGCACUGGCAAUUUCUGCCCAAUGUUGCCAAUAUACCACCAAACACUGAUACCCUGUUGGGUUUUAAAUCUAUUUCUGUCGGCACUGAAGUAUGGGCUGUGGCCAUGAAUGGCGUUCUGUGCAAGCGCUGUGGUAUUACCAAAGAAAAUCCUGCUGGAGCUGGUUGGAAUAUGGGAAUUCCGGGACAAUGGCAGCAUUUGUCUGUGACAAGCUUUUCUUAAAAUCAACCUACUUUACAAGUUUUCAAUCGUUAAUUCUCGCAGUUUAUAUUCAUUGCACAACACUUUGCCCAAGCCAUUCCUUGUCUAGUGUUACGACACUAAUUCCUUGAUUUAGCUUUAAAUAGUAGACGAUCUAGUCAUUAGUGAUAUAGAGAUUUAAAUUAUUCCACAGCAUAUUUCGUCAAAACUGUUUUAAAUCAUCAAAUUUUUCCUUUUACAUACAGCAUUCCAAGCGAAAACUUUUGCUCAAGCUGACUAACCAAUUUAUAGUUAAGUUCAAAAGUAUUUUUUUUUUUUGCCUUUGAUGCUUGAGGAAAUUUGAAAGCAAAUUCUGAGAGCAAUUCCAAUAAUAUAUAUUCCAAUAUAGAUUUAAUAUGCGCUUGACAAUGAUGUUGAACGAUUUAAAACAUUUCCUUGCCAUAUUUGCCAACAACAAGGUAAGGGUCGCCUCUAGCAAAGCAGACUUAAUAUACAAACUUUCCAAUUAAAAUUCCAUUAAGCAACAGGGGAUAGUUCUAUCUCAAUGAUAAGUGACCUGUCGAGGUGUAGGGAAGCUGUGGUCUACUGUUUAGUCACUCUCGAUAGAAGAGAUGACAGGACCUCAGUCACUUUUGGCGACGAAACUGUGACAUAUCCAAAGAGAUGGUCCAGAUUGUUUAACCACAAUCCCAUGGCAGCCGGUUUUACGUACCUGUUAAACCCGAUGGAUUCCUUCAUCGGCAAGUGCUGCCGCAUCAGUAUACAACACACUGCUACAACAACCAAUUUAUUGUGCAUCCCGAGAGUGACAUUGCUAGGAAGGGAGCCAUUCGUCGUAUUUCGUAUGGACAGAAUAUGAAAGAUAGCCAGAACCCUGGGAAGCCCCCGAGUAAGGGGCAGUCGUACAGACCGAUCUCCCUUCUCUCACAUUAAUCUCUACAUUCAUGCCGAAGAAUCUGGUUCUACCUGGAGUCGAGUACCUGUCCUCAACCUGUCUUUGAACACUCUUAUAGUACCCGAUGUUGGGAAGAUGGACAGAAUAUGGAAGAUUCUCAGAAGCCUUUGAAGGCCCCGAGUAAAGGGGAGUCGUACAGAUCGAUCUCCCUUCUCUCACCAGUAGCCAAAACUCUUGAGGGGCUACUAUUCCCGAGCCUCGUGGGAGAAUUUCCAUUCGCCGAGCAUCAGUCAUUAUUUGCAUGCCAUCACCACACACAUUGCCGUGGCUUCAAUCAGCCCAUGCCCUAUGAGAGAACGGUCAUCGUGACAUUGAACCUAUCGAAGGCAUUCGACACGUUCAUUUGAGGACAUUGCCAACACGUCCCUUCACCCAGGCUUCUCCGAGCCGAUGGACAGCCAAUUUACCGUGGACAAUGUCAUCGUAUGUCAUCUAAGGCGCCAAAUCAUCCGAGGUCUUAGGCCCUAUGGAAUCUCUACAUUCAUGCUGAAGAAUCUCGAGUACCUGUCUUUGAACACUCUUAUAGUACCCGAUGUAUGGAAGAUAAGCAGAAUAUGGAAGAUUCUCAGAAGCCUUUGAAGGCCCCGAGUAAGGGGGGUCGUACAGAUCGAUCUCCCUUCUCUCACCAGUAGCGAAAAUUCUUGAGGGGCAACUCUUCCCGAGUCUCGUUUGAGAAUUUCCAUUCGCCAAGUAUCAGCAAGGAUUUCGAAGACUGCAUAGCACAUUCACUACUUUGCAUACCAUCAUGGCACAUAUUUGCCGUGGUUUCAAUUAGCUUAGGCCAUGUGAUAGGACGGUCCUUGUGGCACUGGAUCUAUCGAAGGCAUUUGACACAGUCAGCCAUGCCAAACUUCCAAAAUUGUGGCUGCUACAGCCUUAAAAGACCAUAUCGGAUGAAAGAUAUAUAUGGGAGCUAUAUCUAGAUCUACAGCGAUUUCAAUAAAAUUUUGCAAACAUUUUGGGUCGUUAAAAAAACACUACGUGCCAAAUUUUGUAAGAAUCAUACCAAAGUUGUGGCUUCUACAGCUUUAAAAGCGCACAUCGGAUGAAAGAUAUAUAUGGGAGCUAUAUUUAAAUCUGGACCGAUUUUUUUCAAAAUCAAAAGCGUUUGUCCUUGGACCAAAAAAGACACUUAUGCAAAAUUUUGUGAAAAUCGGACAACAAAUGCGACCUGUACCUGGAAUACAAGAAUACAUGGACAGACAGACAGACGGACAUAGCUAAAUCGAGUCAGGAAGUGAUUUUAAGCCGAUCCGUAUACUAAUGGAUGGGUCUAGCUGUUCUCCUUCUUAGCGUUGCAAAAAAAUGCACAAAUCUAUAAUACCCUGUACCACAGUGUGGUGUGCAAAUUUUCAGCUAAAUCCGAUAAUAAUUGCGCCCUCUAGUGGCUCAAGAAGUCAAGAUCCCAGAUCGGUUUAUAUGACAGCUAUAUCAGGUUAUGGACCGAUUUGAACCAUUCUUAAUACAGUUGUUGGAAGUCAUAUCAAAACACGUUAUGCAAAAUUUCAGCGAAAUGGAACUAGAGGGCGAUAAUAAUUGCGCCCUCUAGUGGCUCAAGAAGUCAAGAUCCCAGAUCGGUUUAUAUGACAGCUAUAUCAGGUUAUGGACAGAUUUGAACCAUUCUUAAUACAGUUGUUGGAAGUCAUAUCAAAACACGUUAUGCAAAAUUUCAGCGAAAUGGGAUAGGAAUUGCUCCCUGUAGAGGUUCAAGAAGCCAAGACACCAGAUCGGUUUAUAUGGCAGCUAUAUCAGGUUAUGGACCGAUUUUAACCAUUCUUAAUACAGUUGUUGGAAGUCAUAACAAAACACCUCAUGCAAAAUUUCAGCUAUAUCGGAUAAUAAUUGCGCCCUCUAGUGGCUCAAAAAGUCAAGACCCCAGAUCGGUUUAUAUGGCAGCUAUAUCAGGUUAGGGACCGAUUUGAACCAUUCUUAAUACAGUUGUUGGAAGUCAUAACAAAACACGCCGUGCAAAAUUUCAGCCCAAUCCGAUAGGAAUUGCGCACUGUAGACGCUCAAGAAGCCAAAACCCCAGAUCGGUUUAUAUGACAGCUAUACCAGGUUAUAUACCGAUUUCAACCAUACUUGGCACAGUUGUUGGAAGUCAUAACAAUACAAAUCGUGCAAAAUUUUAGCCAAAUCGGAUAAGAAUUGUGCCCUCUAGCGGCUCAAGAAGUCAAGAUCCCAGAUCAGUUUAUAUUUAAAAGUGGACCGAUAGAGCCCAUUUACUAUUCAAACCGACCUUAAUUAAUAAGAAGUAUUUGUGCAAAAUUUCAAGCAGCUAGCUUUACUCCUUCGAAAUUUAGCGUGCUUUCGACAGACAGACGGACGGACGGACAUGGCUAGUUAGACCUAAAAUGUCAUGACGAUCAAGAAUUUGUAUACUUUAUGGGGUCUUAGACAAAUAUUUCGAGGAGUUACAAACAGAAUGACGAAAUUAGUAUACCCCCAUUCUAUGGUGGAGGGUAUAAAAAUGGUAGGACGGCAAUGUGAGACAGUCGAUCUGCGGCACGCCGUUCGGAUUCGGCUAUAAAAGGUAGGCCCCUUAAAAACUUGAAUCGGACAACACUCAUUGAUAUGUAAGAAGUUUGCCCCUGUUCCUUAGUGGAAUGUUCAUGGGCCAAUUUGCAAUUCGAACGAUAUUAAAAUUAGAAAACCAUUUUGUCAAUUUAGAUAAUGUUUUUGCUCUUGAAAUUGAUGAAUAGAUAAUUUCAACAAAAAACCACCAAAAGACAACAGAGUGUACCUUUGGCAGC